GUGAGAAACGCUCGAGAAACAAUGGCAGAAGAAGCACCAGCACAAGCACCAGCUCCAGGUCCCGUCGCGGCCAAAACGCCCAAACAGAAGAAGAAGCGGGCUUCAGGCAGGAAGUCAGCCGGCCUCGGGCUGCCCAAGAAGAUCGUCGCUGCGGUGGCCGAGUCCAAGGAGCGCGGAGGGCUGUCGGUCUCAGCGAUCAAGAAGUCCCUGGCCUCUAACGGCGUGGACGUGCCGACGGUGAACAAGCGCAUCAACACAGCCAUCAAGAGGCUGGUGACCAAUGGCGCUCUGGUCCAGAUCAAGGGCACUGGUGCGUCCGGCUCCUUCAAGAUCGCCAAGGAGGUGAAAGCAAGCAAGACUUCCCGCAGUCCGGGGAAGAAGAGGCCCGCAGAGAAGAAGGCAGACGACAAGAAGAAGAAGCCGGCUGCGAAGAAACCUGCCAAGAAGUCUGAGGCCAAGAAAAGCACCAAGAAGGGCUCGCCGAAGAAGAAGAACCCUGCGCCUAAGAAAGCCCCCAAGUCGACUCCCAGGAAGUCCACUCCGAAGAAGAAGCCCAGCCCGGUGAAGAAGGUGGCCAGUAAAAAGGCCGCCCCCAAGAGAGUCGCGGCCAAGUCCCUGGGCAGGAAGGGAGCAGGCAAGAAGUCCAGGAAGUGAAUACGGAGCUCGCCAUCCUCUCUCCACUCAAAGGCUCUUUUAAGAGCCGCCACCGCUUCUAAGAGCUUCACUGACGCACGACACCAGAGACAGAUUCAUCUGACGUCACUCAGAUGGGAAACGUCUCGAUAUUAAACACACACGCACGUUAACAUAACCAUCUGCUGGCAACAAGUUCAGUAUCACUAUGAGCCGCUGCAUGCUGUAUGGGCGCAUGCGCACUAUCCAGAUGUGCGAGCUCGUACAUCUGACCGCUAGGUGGCAUCAUUGACUAACGUUUGGGUGACACUACUCUUGAGCAGAACAGUCCUUUGACCGCAGAUUUGAAACUCGAUCUUGAUUCUGUUGCUUCAACUCUUUUGUAUCAAACUCCAUCCAUGAACUCAAAUCAUUCACUAACACCGCAAACAUCAA